AUGGCUGAUUACAUACCUGGUGCAGGUAUUUGUGGAGGUGCAGUCAGUGUCCCCCAACAGUUUCAGAUUUAUCACUCCUUAGAAGAAAUUCAAAAUUGGAUGUGUCAUCUAAAUAAAACUCAUUCAGGUCUCAUUCACAUGUUCUCUAUUGGAAAAUCAUAUGAGGGAAGGUCUCUAUAUGUUUUAAAGCUGGGCAGAAGGUCACGAACUUACAAAAGAGCUGUCUGGAUAGACUGUGGUAUUCAUGCAAGAGAAUGGAUUGGUCCUGCUUUUUGCCAGUGGUUUGUAAAAGAAGCUCUUCUAACCUAUAGGAGUGACCCAACCAUGAGAAAAAUGUUGAGUCAUCUGUAUUUCUAUAUCAUGCCUGUGUUUAACGUUGAUGGAUACCAUUUUAGCUGGACCAGUGAUCGAUUUUGGAGAAAAACAAGGUCAAGGAACUCAAGGUUUCGCUGCCGUGGAGUUGAUGCCAAUCGUAACUGGAAAGUGAAAUGGUGUGAUGAAGGAGCUUCUAUGAACCCUUGUGAUGAUACAUACUGUGGACCUUUCCCAGAAUCUGAGCCAGAAGUGAAAGCUGUAGCCACUUUCCUCCGAAAACACAGGAAGCACAUUAGAGCUUACCUCUCCUUUCAUGCAUAUGCUCAGAUGUUGCUAUAUCCCUAUUCUUACAAAUACGCAACAAUCCCCAACUUUAGCUGUGUGGAAUAUGCAGCUUAUAAAGCUGUGAAUGCACUUCGGUCAGUAUAUGGGGUACAGUAUAGAUAUGGACCUGCCUCCAGCACGUUGUAUGUGAGCUCUGGUAGCUCAAUGGAUUGGGCCUACAAAAACGGAAUACCCUACACAUUUGCUUUUGAACUUCGUGACACUGGACAUUUUGGAUUUUUACUUCCAGAGGUGCUCAUCAAACCAACCUGUACAGAGACCAUGCUGGCUGUGAAGAAUAUCACAAUGCACCUCCUAAAGAAAUGUCCCUGA